AACACGUUGUUUUACUGAGGCAACAAUAUGCAGAUCUUCGUGAAGACCCUUACGGGCAAGACCAUCACCCUUGAGGUGGAGGCUUCCGACACCAUCGAAAAUGUCAAAGCCAAGAUCCAGGACAAGGAGGGUAUCCCCCCGGACCAGCAGCGACUGAUCUUCGCUGGUAAACAGCUGGAGGAUGGCCGUACCCUGUCCGACUACAACAUCCAGAAGGAAUCUACCCUUCACUUGGUGUUGAGGCUUAGAGGAGGUAUCAUUGAGCCUUCUCUCCGCAUCUUGGCCCAGAAGUACAACUGUGACAAGAUGAUCUGCCGCAAGUGCUACGCUCGCCUCCACCCCCGUGCUACCAACUGCCGCAAGACCAAGUGCGGACACACCAACAACCUCCGCCCCAAGAAGAAGCUGAAGUAGAUGAAUACAUCCUUUCAAUGUUUUAUUCCUAAGACUUACCAAUGUCGUCAAAAAUUGUUGUGCAACAACUGCUCUAAAUUAAUAAAGUAACAUCUUUAUGUA